AUGUCAGAAAAAAUGCAGCUAGUAGACUUGGGUCUCUUGGAGGAAGAUGGUGAGUUCAAGGAGUCCUGGGCUGGUUUAGAUGAAGAUGAAGGUGCAAAUGUCUGGGAGGAUGAUUGGGAUGAAGACAAUGUAGAUGAUAACUUCUCCAAUCGAGCUGAACUACAGAAACUUGGUUAUAAGAUGGAGACCUCUUAG